UUUCAUUUUCAGCCUGUAAGUCAAAAAUAAAGGGGAAGAAACACAAAGCUCAUACUUUGCAGUGCGAGCGACGUGAAAAGCAUGGCCGGGGAUGGCGAGAAGAAACCCAAACUGGAAAUGGUCCAGGCUGAUGGAGCCCAGGAGGACUGUGUGACGUUUGUGAUGCACGAUGAGGAUCACACGCUGGGCAAUUCCCUCAGAUACAUGAUCAUGAAGAACCCCGACGUGGAUUUCUGCGGUUACACCAUCACCCAUCCAUCCGAGAGCAAGAUCAACUUUCGCAUUCAGACGAGAGGGGGAGUUCCGGCCGUGGAGCCGCUGCAGAAGGGUCUGAGCGAUCUUCACCAAGUCUGUCAGCACGUCCUCAACACCUUCCAGGCAAAAGUUAAUGAGUACAAAGAAAGAGAAGAGAAGCCGAUGGAAUGACCUUCAUCGCCAUCAGGACUGAGGAGCUAAAGACUGUAAACAUUGAUUAAUUUUGUUUUUUUUAUUAUAAGUAUUUUGUUGAAGGAAAAAAAAGCUUUUUCCAUCAUUUGUGUUUAUGUUUUAGUUGAACUAUAACGUAUAAUAAAGGUAUAUUGUGUGAAA